CCAGGCAUGCCGCCCUUCGGACAAGGCCAGAUGCUAGACUGCGAAAAGGAUUUCAUGGAAUUUCUUCUCACGCUUCCUGCCGAGCCGCCUACGACGUCGAAGUCUUUAGAGCGGACGAGGAGGCACAGCAAAGGCACAAAGACAAAGCCCAAGGUCGGCCUAGACCACUUGGACAACCUUUGCAAACUAAUGGAACAGCUCGGUGAUUUGAAAGAGCAAAACCACAAACUUCAAAGGCGUGUCCAAUACUUGGAAGAUAUGAAGGACCUACAUGACAUGCACAAACUGCUGGAUCCUGAGUACGGCCUUGAGGAGCGCAAGGCGUCCAAUCGUACACCGAGUCCAGGAGGGGGCUCUGCCACGCAGGCACUCGGAGUGCUCGAGGAUGGUGUGCACAGGAGCAGCACGCAAGUUGUACUCCGCUCCAGAGGCCGCUGCCGAUCUCGAGAAAGAAGCAAAUCUGUCGGGACACAGGACGACUACGCCGACUCCAGGAGCAUGAAGGGCAAGCGGUUCCCUAACUGGUCCAGAGUCAAAGAAGCCUUGGGACUCGAACGGUCAGCGGCCGAAUGCGAAGGUCCUUCCAAAGGCAUCCUGGUACGCACGAGCCCUUCGGACGGGGUGUUCUUUCAAGACGAAGGCCUCGCCGUCCCUGCCACUGAAGGGUGGCCUGCAGGCUGGGAUGCUGAUAGCUCCGACCUCCCGCCGCAGUCUUGCUCUUGGUCAGAAGAAAGCUUUCCUGGCAGGUUGCUGGGUGAAGUCCUCAGAGCAGGCAGCACGGCACACGCAAAUCUGCGACCAGGGGAGCCUGUGCGCCGCAAGUCUUCUCCAAUCUCGCCAAGCGGCGUAAGAGACACGUGCAAGAGGACAGUGUUGGACUCCAAAUGUCACUGUCACUUAGACUCGGAUUCAUUGUACCCGGACGUUGGCGACUCGUACGGAUCGAGAGAACUGUGCAAGAAAGUUCCCAAAAGCGCGUGGGGUAGAGUGAAGAACUUGAUCCAGACGGGACGCGAGACCGUCAAGAGGCAGCAACCUUCGAGAACAGCCAAGCCUGCCUCUUCACAGACGCAAACACGGACCGACUUGAGAGUUGACACAGACCCUACAAACUAUGGCGUUCCCAGCGAUCCAGAAGACAGUUCAACAUCGCGGGGAAGAGAAGUUCGAAGGCGUAAGGUCUCCGACCAGCUGGGUUCGUCUUCGAGGAACUCAAGAACUUCAGAUGAUCUGCAGUUCUUGCCGACUGAACAUUCGAAAUCACAAUCUCAUAUCCAAAGCAUAGCUAAUCACCUUGAGGUCGACUGCGAGACGAACCGAAAGUCCAGGCUUCAGCAACAAGUUUCAUGCCCUUCCGAGCACGAGGUAUCAAAGCUCACCCUCGCUGCUUCGGAAAGAAGCAAUGCGCCAUCUCCACAAUCACCUCAGUCCCAGCGAAAGUCUCGCUGGAACCGCGUAAAAAAAGUCUUCUCAGGGGCUACCCAGGACAAAAAGGAAGAGGAACCACCCGGUGCAUCUAACCCGUCUAGCCCCCUGUCUACAGCAUUAGUCUUCGAUUUCGACGACUUAGGUGCGGGCGAAGGCGAACGAUCAGCUCCUCGGCGCUCCGAAGACGCUGCCGAGCCGCCGCCGAGCAAUCCGGCGUCGUUGUGUCACUCGUCCACGGCACCAGUAUCAAGCCUGGUUCAAGAGCUUCAACGAAAUCUUAGCGAAGACUUCAACCAGAAGAUAUUAGAAUGGGAAAGAAUGAAAGCUGCGAAGUCCGGCAGAAGCCCGAGGCCUCUCCGCAAGUUCUCAGCGCCACACCGUCCUACUGUGGCAGCUAGCAAAACCAAGGCGCCACGCCCGGACAAGAAAAAGGACCUUACCUGGGUGAACCGCGAGCUGCAAAAAAUGGAACGCGAGAAGGAGCGGCUCUCUCGAGAAACGCACAAGUUUCAAGAGCGCUCAGUACGCCUGCACAGGCUUCGACAGGCACUCCUGAAUGCACCAGCAAGCAGCAAUGAGGUGCUUGUGCGAACUUCUGCUGGAGAAUUCCGAUUCGAGGGGAUUUCCAACGCUUUUACCAAAAAGUUGUACGAGUGGGAAACCAAAAAGGGUGUCGUUCCGGAAUUCUCCACCAUAGCUUUACUCGACGCCAGUCUGCAGACGACGGGCCGGAAUGGAGACAAAGCGGCGCCUGGUAAUGUUCGCGUCCUGUCGAAAUCAGACUCUAGUGUCGCCGAGCCCAGCAAUAUACUGCAGUCACGAGCUUCAACGAGCUCAUUGCCUUCAAUGAAGCCUGAUACUCUCUUGGUACCCGAAGAAAAAAAGGAGAUUUCCCGCUCUCGAGCUAACUCUGAACCGGAACUAUGCAGCUCUAGCAACAAAAAUGGCUGUACAGCGUCCAGACCCCGAACCGUCAGUGUUGGAUCUGGCGAGACGGGUUUUGCGCAUCCAGGGGUGACGUGGCUUAUCGACAGUGGUUCCGGAGAAAUUGACGAUCAAUUCGACCCGAAGCCUUGCCAAGAAGCAAGUGAAACGAAGCACGCAGAGGAGAGUUAUUAUACGCUUCUGGAGGAGAACAUGCUCCUUUUAGAACAGUUAAGAGCCAAAGAAAACGUCUGCGCACGCCUAGAAGCCAACCUCGAACGACUCGAUGAGCGUCUGGAAUUUAUGGCCUCUAGGCACAGGGAAGAAAUCGAACGCUACCGAGAGAGCCUGUGGAAUGCACACCGGCCAGCAGGUGCGCAAAAAGGCUCCCUGGCAUCUGUAAAGGCUGUUUCAGACUUCCGAUACCGGUUGGAGGACCUCGAGAGGUGCAACUACCGCCUUCAAGAAGAGCGAAGAGCGUUACAGGAAACCAUCCGCUCGCAUAGCCAGGAGCAGGCGGCUCUAAUAUGGGACAUCGUCGACAAGGUCAAAGAACUUCAGGCAGUGAACACUGAUAUUCACAACAACGACGCUGACGGCCGGAGGACGUCUUUGAUGCGGCUCGAUGCAGACGGCUUGGCGCGCAUUCAACAGCUCUCCGAGCAGCUCCUACAGUCGGCACAGCUCCUGGAGGCCGCUGUUGCGGAACGCUCAAGCCAGGUGUGUCAGCUUCGCAGGGAACUCCUUAUGUGUGAGCUGGCCUCCGCCGGCCGUGGUGCCAUCAAGCCUUCCAGGUCACUACGGACCCUGCGCUCCGCUAGCGACGGAGUACUGGGCGCUGUUCGAAGCCUACACUCUGACGAAGGCGUGAGCAAAAGCGGCCUCCGCAUAAGCUCCACGUCGCCAGCUGUGGAGCGAGGUCCUGGGCCAUCGGUGCAGCUCAUGGAGACUGUGCACAAGCUGCGCUCCGAACUGCUGCGGCUAUUCGCGUCUCAUGGAAUCAGCUCAGCUUUAGGCGAGGCUCGCACCGAUGCGGCUGCUGCACUGGGUUCGUCAAUGAAUCAGAUGGCAGACACCACCGACCUGAGCCGUCGCCCGAACGGUUUCCGAGAGAAUGCUCGCCACUCGCUGGCCUCCUCGUCCGAGAGCCCAUCACACAGGUCGGCUCCUGAGGCGCUGGCCUCGGGCCACGACGGCAGCGAGAGUUCCAGCAUCAACGACAGCGAGCACGUGGCUCUGGGCCUGCGGCUGCCACGCAGCUGCUGGUCACGUGCGCGGGACACGUUAUCCACCUCGUCGGACAGCUCGUGCUUGGAGGACGACUCAUUUACACGGAUGGCUCUGAGCAGCGGUGGAGCCCGGCGCCUGGGCGAGACGCAUGACUGGCGCCGCCUCGAGAGAGACCACGAACGGGAUCGUCGCGUAAGCUGCUGUGGCGACUACGAGGAUGACGUCUUCAAUGAUCCCUCGUCGACCUCCAGCCUCGAGGUUGCAUAUAACCUCGCUUGGAAGAGCCGUGAUCGUCGUGACCCGAGUGCUACACGUAGAGAUAAUUCUAACAGGACAGAUCUACAAACCCGUCUCAGUGAGGACCCUUCGUUCCCACUACAAAAAGCACGUUCGGAUUCGCCCACAGGCUGCAACGACAGAAACGAAACGGUUGACUUGAAAGUGGGAUGCCUUCGCAGCAGCCCACACCGGAUCUCAUUCAGCCUGAGUGACCAUGAUCACGAAAAGACAGACCGAGGUGUGCUGUCUGACGUAACAGAAAGAAACUACGACUCUACUUGUAAGUCAAAAGUAAGCAGGCGCUAUAGAAAAGAACGCUCGUUGACUGAUUUCGAGCGUGACCCAUCAGACUUGCGGAUUCCCCAGGAACCUUGUCACUCUGAAGCUCAAAGAAACCACAAGUCCUCAGGAAGCACAUCUUCGAGUCUACCGAGCCCGUCAUGGGAAUCCUGCCACAAAGGUUCGCUAACGUCAAGCAGGCAUGGACAAAGUUCUUACUACAUUCCACAUACUUCUACGAUGGUCCCUGAGGCGAUGCCCCGGAGCACAAAAGAGCUUGCUUCAUCAAGACAAGACGUCACUGUUUUUCCUGCUGCAGGCGACACUUCGCCCUCUCCCCGUCAUGGCUUAGCCGCUGGUAACGUAAAUGCGCUUUUAGAACAGAACCAGAGGCUGGAGUUUUCCCGCCAAGAGGCGACGACGCAGCAUCGGAAGUCGAGGCAAGAGUCUACCGAGAAAAGCUUUCUUUCUCUUAGACUACGUCGUCCGAAAAAAAAGGACUACUCGGCGAUCGGGCAACUCUGCAGACAAACUUUGCCCCUCUCAGUGAGCGAUGACACUGAAUCUCCACCGGAAGCUCCGAAUUCAGUGUUAGAGAGGUCUUCGUCGUCGCCAGUUACGGCAAGGUCGCGUUCAUUCAGUAGAACGAAGUGGCUGCCCCUUUUCGUAACGAAAUCAUAAAUUUGACGAAGAACCCAGAGUUACUAAUAA